AUGGAGCGUAUUUUUAGACGUAGUAAUAAAAGAUUACCGCGCAUAUUACAGACAAAUCGUGGUAGAGAAUUUUUGGGCUCUGAUUUUACACCUACAAAACGAUACAUCCACGUUUCACAAAAAAUUGUCACCGCUUACAAUAAUACUAAACAUAGUGCUACAAAACUUACGCCUGUUGAAAUUUAUUUCAACAAUAAGUUAACAGCUUUUCUGAACAUGAAGCAUAGAUAUAAGAACAAUAAGCGGUGUAUAAAAUCAUCCAAAAAGCCUAAAUAUAGUGUUGGUGAUCUUGGUCGUGUCAGUAAAGCAAAAGCAGCUUUCACGAAAGGAUAUACAAGCGGUUGGAGUAAAGAAAUUUUCAAAAUUAUUUGCAUAUCAACGUUCCGUCAACAACCUGUUUACAUACUUCAAGAUCUUGAUUAUAAAAAUAUCGAUAGUAUUUUCUACGCUGAGGAAAUAUCAAAAGUUAGUCGAAAAUUGCAACAGCAAAAAUAA